GUCAUAGCGACCGGAACUCGCCCAACAACAAACCUUCAAUUUUUAAGCAAACAAAAAAAAAUGCGAGUUUAUUUUACUGGGGCAUGAGUAGCUGUUAUUGUUGGAGACAUGUUUCGGCUAUUGGCAAAUCAAAGUGCCGAUCAGUUGCAACCCUUUCGCCUGUUUCAACGAUUGAGUCUGCGCUUGCAUGAUUGAUUCCGGUGUGACUGCAAGCCUCUGCUUCAUGUUGCUUUGUAGGGCGCAAAGAUCUUUGGUUGGGCGUGCGGUGCAAAGGUCACCGUCGCUUUAUUUGGCUGCGGUGAUGUUGGGACGGGCGGCCUCCUGGUUGCUGCGGGCUCACCGCGGGCCGUGGCCGUGCCCGGGCACCAAGAGCCGCAGCCCGGGCUCCCGCGGCGCAGCCACCUUCUCGGUCACGCCGUGCAAGAGCCUAGCGGAUGAGGACGUGUGCAUCCGUGUGGCCGGCUUAUCCCGCCACCAGGAGGUCACGCUGCGAGCCCAUGCAUUGGACGAGAGGGAGCAAAUAUUCGACUCCUACGCCCAUUACCGCGCCGACAGCCACGGGCUGCUGGACAUCACCCACUCGCCCUCGCUGGGCGGGGACUACCUUGGCGUGGUGCCCAUGGGGCUCCUCUGGACCCUCUCUCCCGCCACCAUGGAGAUGCCCUACCAGAAGCUGAGGCCUUACACUAAUCUGAUCGGCAUGCCCAUGCGAAUCGAUCUGUUUUUGCACUCAGGCCACUCGCAGACCCGCGUCGUCCCCGGACAGAUCCUGGCCAAGCAAACCAUUGAGAGGUGGUACAGCAAACCGGGAGUCCGCUGGAUUAAGCUAAGGGAAGGCAGUAUAAGGGGCAGCUUGUUUCUGCCUCCAGGGGACGGUCAGUUUCCUGGAGUGAUAGAUCUAUUUGGCGAUGAAGGUGGUUUGACUGAAUUCCGUGCCUGUCUCCUUGCAAGUCGAGGCUUUGCUACCCUUGCUCUUCCUUACUUUGGGUUUGAGGAUCUACCACGUGCCUUAACAGAUCUUCGUUUAGAAUAUUUCGAAGAGGCUGUAGAUUACUUACAGAAGCAUCCUAAGGUGAAAGAAUCUGGCGUUGGAGUAAUAGGGUCUUCAAAAGGUGCGGAUUUGGCUCUAUCAAUGAUCACAUUUAUACCAAAAGUGGUGGCAUCUGUUUGUAUCUCUGGUUGUAAUGCAAACACUCUAUUUGAUUUGUAUUACAAAGAUGUGUAUCUCCCCAGUGUUAAAUACAAUAUAGAUGAUAUCGUCUGUUUGGACUCGGGGGUUCUGGAUGUGUCUAAAUUGAUUCGUGACCCUCAGCAAAAUCCAAAGAGUAUCAUCCCAUUGGAAAAAGCUGAAGGACACAUUUUGUUCGUGGUAGGAGAAGAUGACAAGAUCUGGGAGAGCAAGGUCUUUGCUGAGGAAGCGAUCAAAAAACUGAAAACACACAGGAAAAAUAAUUAUGAACUCCUCAGUUAUCCAGGAGCUGGGCAUCAUAUUGAACCUCCAUGUUCUCCAUUUUGUGUUGCGCGAAUCAACCGGUUCCUUGGACAUCCAGUACUGUCAGGAGGAGAACCCAUAAAGCAUUGCUAUGCUCAACAAGAUUCUUGGCAAAAGAUUCUACAGUUUUUCCAUUCACAUUUACAUUGAUGUGAGCCACAGAAUUAAUGAGAUUUCUUUUUUUAACAAAAGUGUUACUUGGUCUCAGAAGAAUUUCUGUACUUUAUGCAAAAGAACUGUAAGGAACGCAAUCCAAGAACACCUGAAACUCCUACUCUGAACCACCAAUACAUUACUGAUGUCAUGCUUUUUGUACAAAAAUACUUUAUUAAAAGAGUUAUGUUAAUACAGUGCUGUCAUCAGAAAACCUAGUA